AAAAAUAUGAGAAAAAGUCAAAGUCGGAUGUUCUCCUUCCAAGCCAACCCGGCAAAAAAAAAAAAAAAGCGAGUUCGGUUCACGGCCAAUGAACGUGCUUCCCAGUUGAAUGCUUGGCGCCCCAACAAGUUCAGUCUCGAGUUUACACUGUGAGAACUCGCGACAUGAGUUACAUGGCUAUAUAAUAAUAGCAAAAGUACCAUGCAUGGAUGAUGUAUUGGAUCAUAUAAAGAGGAGAGAGAAGGGAGAGAGAGAGAGAGAGAGAGAGAGAGAGAGGGGCAAGGCCAUGGCGGUUCUUCUUUCUUCCUCAGGCGAGACAUGAGUGCACGUGGGGGAAGAGGGACGCGAAUUUUCUGCUAAGAUCACCCACCCAUGUCCCAAAACCCUUGGAUGAGAGAGACGGACACUGUAAAUUAGGAUCACAUCGCCUUCUCUCUCUCUCUCUCUCUGAAAUUUUUGCAGUUUCAGCGAGGUUUCAGAGAGGGAAAACAUCUGGGGUAUGAUUCUCUCUUCUCCUGCAUGUCAGAACUCUCCUCAGGAGUUGAGUAUGGUUGGGCAACGAAUGACACUCAAUGAGAAUGCCUCCUUCCAGAACUGGGUUAGGAAGCUUUGCUCUAUGAGAUGACAAAGACAACACUCUGGUACGUGUCUUUCUCGUAGGGGAGGUUCUUUUUCCCAGUUCAGAUAUAUGCCCACUUUGUGAGGUAGUAGGAAAUACAAGCCCACCCAAUGCAUGGUAACAUAAGUUCAUAGAACACAGGAAUCAUAAUGGGUGGCUGUGUUUCAACCACACAUAAGCAAGUUAAGACACGGAGGCGAUACUUUAGAAGACCUGGGAAAUGGAACCAAAAGAUAUGCAGUACCGCUGUCGAUGUGCCUAUAAGGAAGAGCGAUGCCGGAAAUCAUGUGAGAGAGAUUUCCACGAGCGAGUUUGCUCAUCUGGAUUUUGACAAAGGUGCCGCAACUGCUUGCAAGAGAUCAGACGUCUCCAACAUGACAUUGCACUUAACUCAAUUGCAAUGGAACCAUAGUCAAAUUGAUGAAAACGGUAUAUGCCAAGAAGAAGCUUGGUUUGACUCGGUCAGUAUCCUAGAGUCCGAUUCAGACGAUGACUUCAUUAGUUUACAUGGAGAUGGUUUUCCUUCAGUAGGUAAUGCCACCGGGGCUAUACCAAGUGGUCAAGCUCUUCAGUAUGAUAGUGAAUUGCACUACAUAGAUGCAGGGCGUAGAUACGAGGGCUUUUAUGACAGUCGUGUAAAAGUAGAUGGAGGUGUACAUGAUCCCAGAGAAACGCAGCGAAAGAAGUCGAGAUUUAUCUUGUUGUCUCUCAAGAGGAAAUCCUGUGAUGCAGAAGAAACUUCUACCGAGCAUCGCAUGUCGGAGAGGUUCGUAUAUAGGCCCAGAGCAGGACUUCUAUUACCAUGUUCAAAAGAAGAGAAGCCAAGUGCAGGAAGUUGGUCUGCAGUUCCACCUUCGGUCUUCAAACUCCGUGGAGAGAAUUAUUUCAGGGACAAGAGGAAAUCUCCAGCUCCAGGUUGCAGCCCUUAUGUGCCCAUUGGAGCUGAUUUAUACGUUUGCCCGCGAAAGAUACAUCACAUUGCUCAACACCUCGAUCUUCCUGCUGUCAAAGGGCAUGACAAAUUGGCCUCUCUUCUAAUAGUUAAUAUACAGCUUCCAACCUACCCGACCACCAUGUUCGGUGAUAAUGAUGGGGAAGGAAUGAGUCUUGUGCUGUAUUUCAAAGUAUCUGAUAAUAUCGAUGCAGAAAUUUCUUCUCAGUUUCAAGAUAGCAUCACGAGAUUGGUCGGAGAUGAAAUGGAAAAAGUUAAAGGGUUUGCAAAGGAGAACUUAGUUCCUUUUAGAGAGAGGCUGAAGAUCAUGGCCGGGGUGGUCAACCCAGAGGACCUGCAACUAAGUUCAGCAGAAAGGAAGCUUUUACAUGCUUAUAAUGAAAAGCCUGUUCUCUCGCGUCCGCAGCACCAUUUCUUCAAGGGACCAAAUUAUUUUGAGAUUGACCUUGAUAUACAUCGGUUCAGCUACAUAUCUAGGAAAGGAUUAGAAGCUUUUCGGGAUCGUUUAAAGAAUGGGGUUCUCGAUCUGGGUCUAACCAUACAGGCACAGAAACCAGAGGAACUUCCUGAGCAAGUUUUGUGCUGCGUGCGUCUGAAUAAGAUCAAUUUCGUGAAUCACGGCCAAAUACCGACGAUAGUGACGCUUGAUGAAGGUUGAUUUCUCGUAUGAUAGAGAGCACACAAUGCAUCAGCACCGAGGGAUUGAGAGCGGUUCUGUCGACUGGUAAAUAAUUUCAGAGAAACGCGCUUAUUCUUCGCUUUGAGGAGAGACAAGGAAGGAUGAAAAUAGCAGAGAACCUUAUGCUUCGACGCACGUGUUUCAUAUCUGUCAAUAAUCAUGCCGGGAUGUGUUCUCUAAUAGAAUUUAAUUCAUUCUUUUUGUAUUCACAAGAGAUCCUAAUCAGUGCUUUGCUUUUCAACUUUAGAAGUCUGAUUAUUCUGGACCAUAAUAGUUGACCAUCCAUCUGUAAAACAUUAAAGCGAAUGCAUUCUCCAGGAUAUCGCUCUUAAAAUUGA